CAAAAACCCCUGAAAAACCCCUACUUUCACCUUCUUCAAUUCUUCUUCAAUGGAGGAAACACUUUCUGACGAGGAACAACCUAUGCAAAUACCACCAUCAACUAUGGAAGAAGACAUCAACUUCGACGAAGACGACGAACAUGCAAUGGAAGAUGAAGUGAUAUACCCUAAUUUUAACCCUAAACCAUCUUACGAAGCUAAAAUCCGAGAAUUGCUUCGGAAUAUCAAUUCAAUUGAACUGAAGCUCUGCUCUCAUGGCUCAAAGGAGUUCAUGAAGCUUUUAAGGGGAGAUUCAGGUGGGGAAUUGCUGCACGAGUAUGUUAGAACAUCGUCGAAGUUCGUGGAGCUUAUCGAAGCGUGGAAUCGAAGGCGAGGGAAGACUGGUAUGUCAUAUAUAAUGUUGUUAAUUUCAGUGAUUUUGGGGCAUAAUGAGGGGAAGUAUAAGGCUGAUGAUUUUGGUAGAUUAGGGAUUAGUAGGGUAUUGGAUAAGUUUGCGAAAUCGAUUAUUGAGGAGAAGUUGGAUGAUGUUUAUAAGGAGCUUAAUUGUAAGGAAGGGAAACGACAGAAGGCGGCAUUGUUGUUAGUGGCUGCAAUUGUGAGGCGUGGUUCGUUGUUGGCUGCGGAGGUGGCAAAGGUUUUUGAUUUUAAGAUUCCGGUGUUGCCUAAGUUGUCGGAGUAUAGGAGGAAGAAAGUGGAGAGGAGGAGGAAGCAUUCGACGAGGGAUGCUUUUAUUGAGUUUGCCAUGUCGUUUUUGGAGGUGGGGAAGCCGGGGUUGUUGAGGUGGGUUUUGCAGCAGAGGGAGAUAUUUUCUGGGAUUCUUCGAGGGCUUGGAAGUGAUGAUGAGGAAACUGUGGUCUAUGUGUUAUCGACAUUGAGGGAUCGGGUUCUUACCCAUGAGUCUUUGGUUCCCCCGGGUCUUCGGAGUGUUCUUUUUGGAAGUGUUACCCUGGAGCAGUUAGUUGGGAUUUCAGCGUGGAAAGAUGGUGAGCUUGCUGCAAAGCUUGCAUAUGAGGUUCUUCACAUGGUUUGCAUUGAUCCUUCCAAUGGAUUGAUGUCUGUUUUAGAUAGAAAACCAAGUCCACUAAAGGGAAAUCCAAAGCGGCUUGUGGACCUGAUGAAGAAGCUUAAAGCUACAGAAGUUGGGUAUCAUAGGAGCCUGCUUUUGGCUAUUGUUGAUGGGAGACCAGCACUUGCUUCAGCGUAUUUGGAUCAGUUCCCAUACAACCUUGACGAUCAUACUUCAUCUACAUGGCUCUCUGCUGUCAAAUUGGCAGCAAAUGUGGUUUCAUCAGUAAGAGGUGGGAUUUCAUGGGAGUUUCUUGAUAGCAAAGCAAAUCUGCUGGCCUUUGAGGGUUCAGAUGUGCAAAGUGUUUUAAAAUGUGUCUGUCUUCGACCUUUCAGUCGCCUGAUAGUCAACAAAGGACUACUUCAUUCUGAUACUCUGAUCAAGCACGGGACCUUAAGGCUCCUUUUGGAGGUUCUAAAAUUGUUGAGCUCCUUUAUUAAUGCGUUAAGUUUUAAAGGAUUGUCUUUUCUGAAGCAAAAAGUUCAGGAUGAAGUUCGUAUUUUGCUCCCUGAUCCUCAAGUAUUGUUUACAUUACUGAGUUCAGUCAGUAGUUUUGACCAGACAUCUGGAUCUGCUUUGAAGAGAGCAGCUGAUUCAGAAAGCGUACAGAGUCAUAAAGCUACUGUUAAGAAGAAAUCAAAGAUUGCUGUCAUAAAUGAAGACAUAGAUAUUGUUGUGGGUGGGCUAAGUUCUAGUGCUGUAAGCAUCGAACCUGGAGACAUUGAGGAACCAAGAGAAAUAGAAACUAUGUCUCAGUUUGACGAUGAAAUUGGUCUUGAGGACAUCAGGGAAAUUUGGAGUUCUUUUGAAAACUCUUUCUCAUUGGAUCUUGAAAAAAGUGCUGAAGUGUACUUCUAUUGCCAAGUCCUUGAAGCUCUAAAAAUAUAUCAUGGGGCUUUUCGUGCUGUUUUGGAAGUCUCAUACGAUUUUCUUAAAAUUCUUCCGAGUAACCCGCUAAAGUUGCCAGGUAUUCUGGUGCAAUCUCUGUUAUCCAUGUUGAUAGAACACCUUAACUGUUCAGAAGAGUCAGGUUUUCCACUUUCAAUGCUGCCUCCUAUCUACAAGCACCUCCAGUCUUUUCUCAAUCUGUCAUUACAUUCAGCGUUCAGACUUGUAAGAGAGCAAGCAUAUAUUUUGGCUAAAGCAGCGAUGAUAAGUACUGGUGCUUUUGACCACAGCUCAUGUGAAAUUGGGUCAUGGUUAUUGUUUUUACGUGGGAAUGUCGGAGAAUAUGACGGAGAUUGCCGAGAGGGUCAAUUGUUCCAAUCUUUGUCUUUGCCAGUUGUUUCUUUUCUUUGUGACGUGGUAUCCACCGUAGGAAACAAUUUGGUUAAAUACUGGGAUAUUAUCCAGUGCCUCCAUUCCAGUGUGGAAACUACAAGAGGUUGUAUAUUUUUUCCCAUGGCAGAUACAGAUGUUUGUUUUAGCCCACUUGUACCUUGUGCUCUGGAAAAGUGCCUCAGGCUGCUCAGUUCUGAGUCAGAGACAUUCACGUUAUCUGAGAAAUCGUUGAUAUCUUUAUAUGUCAGUAAUACGUUAAAAUAUAUAUUGGAAACUCAGAUUGAUGCUGGAAUAUUAGCUGCUGUUAUUCAUCAGCUAUUGUCUAAUAGAAUUGAGAACCAUAUCUCUGUAGUAGCUGAUGUUGAAGAUUCCAGCUGUGAGUGGAGACCAAUAAUCUCGUUGUUUCUAUUUUCACGGAGCAUAUUAUAUCAGGAAACUUACAAUUCUCGCUCUACUGAUAGAGUCUCUCAGAAGGGAAACAGUUCAUUGACAAAGACACUUGCUGAGGUCAAAAGGCUUCUGAAUGCAGGCAGCAUCGACAUGCUUGGAAUAUCUAAAGCAUUAUGCUCCACAAUAGCAUGCACAAAACCUGAUGAUAUAGUGUACAAUUUACCAUCAGUUAUGGCUGUUUCUGGAAAACUUGCUGGGUUAAAUUGUUCUGUCAUGGACUACUUCUUUCUAGAUCAGAACCUUAUGAGAUGUGUGUCUAAGCUGUGGCCUGACAUGUUCUAUUCAGGUCUUAGGAUGAGUGUCAGAGCAUGUAGUCAAGUGACUCAAGAUAAUGACAAAGAUACUUCAGUAAAGGCGCUGCAUAGUAAUACAGAGGAGACAGAACAUACCUCUAUUGUUUUUGGUUCUUUACUGAAAGAGGCACCUUUCUAUGUAUUAUUCCCUGCAAUCAUCUUCUGUGUCCCGGAAAGUCAUUCAGAAAUCAAAGAGUUGCUUGUAGCUAAGGUGUCGAACUUAGAUAUUGAGCAGCUUGUUUCUUCAGUGAGGCUGGUGCUAUUUUGGUUUCAUCAGAUACAGACAUCAUAUAGAAAGAAACCAACAGAACAACAAGAAUUGCACUCUGAACUAUGUUUCUUUCUUGUGAAGCACAUAGUAUCCCUAUUGCCCACUCUGAAAUUUGUUUCUGGUUCUUCGGCAAAUAAUGCAGCAUUUUCUCUCUCUCAAUGUCUCCAAGAAGUAGCUAAAACUGUCUUUUGUCACCCUGCAGUCGCUGCAUCUUUGUCAUCUCCCUUUGCUCGUGAUUAUGAAAUCACUGAAGAAUUUUUAAGGGAUAGCUCAGAAGGACUUCUACAUCCUUGUGGAGAAGGAAUGCGUAAGACAGAGCUUCAUGUUUUGAAGUUACUGACUGCAACUUCUGACUAUUUGUUAGCUUUGUGUAGUGAAAAACUUUUGUCAUCUGUGUACACUGAGUGCAAGGAAAAUAUUGUCAAAGCGUUCAGGAAUUUGGUGCAGCAGAUAUUUUUGAUCUUCAAGAGUAGGUUUGAAUUGUGGUGCACAUCUGGGAAUAUGACUCUCUUCCCAAUCUUAUGUGGUCUUGUUUCUUUGAUGCGUUUUAUCUCUCCCAUUGAGUUGCUUGGAUUGGCAAAUUGGAUGUUUUCUGUUGUGGAACUUCCCAACUCUAAGAUUCCUCAAAUCUCUAAUGUGUCUCCAUUAUAUAUGGCAUUUUCUAUUGCUUGCGGAGCUUUAAGCAUGCUCUCUCAACAUAUGCAAUCUCCAAAUGUAACGGUGGUGCUUACUGAUCUGUUUUGGGCAAACGAAAUGAGAACUCUUGAUGCUACAUUAUUCGAAAGCAUAUAUUUGAAGGCUUUCAAGUUCGCGACUUGUUUCAAAAUUGAUUUGGCCGACACAUGCUUACUUAAAGCUCUCACUGCAGCUAAUAGCCUAAUUCAUAGGCAAGAUUGUCUUCCAUUCAGCAUGGAAAUAACUAGAGUGAUAAUUAAAACUCCUGUCAGAAUAGUUUCACAUUGUCUUAACAGGACUGACAAUACCAAGGCCAAAAUUUUGUUUCGGAUGAUGGAGAUUAGUGCAUUGCAUUCAUCAGUUUUUGGUCAGCUGUUCUCAGGUAUAUUGGGUGAAGACACUAUACCUACUAUCAACUCACCGGAGCAGAUCUGUAAUCAGUUGCUUUUGGAUGAGGAGUGUUUGAUGCUUCUGCCUGCUGCAGCCUUGUACAUAAGUUUCUCUUGGACAAAUCUCCUAGAAAAGCCUUCUAGAAAUAUUAAAUUUAUUCUGACUUCUUAUUCAAGGCUUCUCUUGGAUGGUUUUCUGAACUGGAAUGACUUUGUGUCUAGAACUGUAUUUCUGGUGGAAUAUGGUAAUGUUUUGCCUUGUUCAGUUGAGAACCUUAAUGAUCUUUUCAAUAGCAGUCUCCUUCGGAAAGCAGUUCAAAUGUUGCAGUGGUACUUUGCCUCAAGUGGAGAUAGAAAAAAUAAGCGAUUGAAAUUAUUGUGCUCACUUUAUCCUGUUUCUGGCGCGUCGCAUGAUUUCAUGGACUUUGAUGUCAGAAAAAUUGAUUCAUACUCAGUUAGACAGCUAACAGACUUGAUUAAUCGAGUUGUAGCUAAAGUUUCUCUUUGUUUUGUUCUUCUAUUCCCUGAGGGUAAUAAGUGUUCAGCAAAUGAAGCUCCUGACAUCCAGGGGGAAUCUUUUGGGGGCUCCAACAGUGAAGAUUCUUCAUUGAGGUUCUUAGACAUGUUGGUCGGCAUUUGGCAACUUGUUGUAAAGAAAAUUCCAUCUGCUAAUAAUAAUUCUGACCUAAAGACUCCCAUCUUUUUGUUGCUAAGAUCUCUCGAAAUGUUUACACUGAGAUGCAUCUAUAAAUUGAUACUGAAGACGCGUAGUAUCUUGACUAAGAUGGAUUCACUCCCCUUUAUCGAAAAUAUGGCAAAGGUUUCUCUUUUACAUAGGUUUGGGGACCCCAUUACUCUAAACAAUCUUCGGCAUGUUCUAUCUUGUUUAUCUGGUGCGAAUUUGCCUGUAAUAUUACUUCUUCAGCUGCUUGUUGGGCAUUCUCAGUUGGCCUCAACUGUUGGUACUGUUACUGAUCCAUUUGCUUUUGGCUCAUCGGGCAUGGUUGUAAAGCCCAUAUCUAGCUUUUUGAGGUCAUCGGUUGUACCUACUGAAAGCAACAAUCUGGAAACAUCAGAAACAUAUAAGUCCAAGUUGGAGGUUGUCAAGUUACUUAGACUGCUUUUUCACUUAAAAGCUACUCGGUGUGAUAUGGUAUCUGAUGAUGACUUAGGUCUAAAUUUAAGAGAUUUAUCUUUCCUACUUUUGACUACUUAUGGUGCCACAGUAAGUGAAAUUGAUUUGGAGAUUUAUAGCCUUCUUUCGGAGAUUGAGUCUGCUGGGGGAGCAGGCGACAAUAUAAUUGCUGAGCAUGAUUACUUGUGGGGGAGUAGUGCUCUGAGAGUUGGCAAAGGGAUUGCAGUAAAGAAAGACAUCUCAGAUGCAGAAGAAGACUGCAGACGAAAUCAGUUCAGGGAUAAUCUUCCCAUUAACCCUAAGUUCGUGAUGCAGACUGUCUUGUAUUUCCCUUAUGGAAGGACCAUGUGUGAAAAGUCUCUGUUCAUGGACGAUGUCCAUCGAGAUACAGUCAAUAUUACUGAGGAGGGACACUGUACAGAAUUAGGAAGGAUAGAACGGUAUGAUCCAGUCUUUGUUUUAUCCUUGUCCAUACAUAGCUUGACAACAGGCUUCUUGGAUCCGAUGGAGUUUGCUGGCUUAGGCUUGCUUGCUAUUGCAUUGGUCAGCAUGGGAUCACCUGAGGAUGGGAUACGAAAGUUAGCUUACGAGGUUGUUUGGAGAUUCAAGGACGCAUUGAUGAGAUGUCAGAGAAAAAGGGAAGUGACGAGGCUUAAGCUUUUGCUGACGUAUUUACAGAACGGAAUUAAAGAAGAAUGGGAAAAAAUUCCCACCAUUCUUGCUGCUUUUGUUGCAGAAGCUUCUGUCAUCUUAUUAGAUCCUUCUCAUGAGCAUUAUCCGGCCAUAAGCAAGUUCUUGAUGCAGUCUCCUUGGAUUAAUUUGAAGUCGAUACCUUUGUUUCAUGACUUUUUCUGGAGCAACUCUGUGACCUUCAGAACAGAUAGGAUGUGGAUGCUUCGAUUGCUAUAUGCAGGGAUCAACAUAGAAGACGAUGCUGUAGUAUAUAUUAGGAAUUCAGUGCUCGAGAUUUUACUGAGUUUUUAUGUUUCACCUCUUUCAGAUAUUGAUUCAAAGGAGUUGAUUCUUUUGGUGGUGAAGAAGUGUGUUAAAGUGCAGAAGAUGGCCUGCUAUCUGGUUGAGAAUUGUUGUCUGAUUUCUUGGCUAUCUUCAGUUCUUGCCUUAUCUAUGACUCAUAUUGACAGUAAAGAUACAUUUUUCUCUAAACAGUUGCUAGUUGUACUCGAGGUAGUCCAUGAGGCAGUCGCAUUGAAAGGCAUUAUGGAAUGGUUACACAAGCAUGCUAUUGAGCAGCUUUCUGAUCUUACAUGUCAUCUUUUGAAUCUGUUAGCUAGAUGCUCAAAGUUGGUAUUGGAGACUAAGUCAUUGGUUAUUUUAAUUCUAAAAGUAACCGUUGCCUUGAUGUCGCAAGAAAGGAACAUGCCUCAACCACCCCUUGCACUAUCCAUGCGGAGUUUAUAUCACGUGUAUCAGGCUGUUGAUGUACAAGAUGGUGGAAAAUUUGGUGAUUGUGCAGAGCAUGGACUCAAGGCUAUACUUGCGAAUGCUCCCCCAACAACUAUUUCUGACCUGGACUUGGAAGAGCUCUCCAGGUUUCUCAUGUGGGCAGUUUCUACAGCUGUCCAAUCAGAUUCUCGGCAGGCGUUGCAGCGGACACAAGUUUUGCCGCUUAUACAAUGUACUGAGAAUGAGGAGCACAUGCAAGAAGAAUCUCUAAUUUCAACACUUCUCCGCUGGCUUGUAGCUUCCGUAGUUCUAUGUAGGGUUUCGUACUGCAAUAGCGUCUUCAACUCCAGUUUCGUCCUGAGGGAAGCUAAUGAAGAAACUUUGUUAUCACUAAUUGAACACAGAGAAAGCAUAGGUGGAGAUAGCAAACUUUUAUCUGGUUCUGGAAAAAUCUUAGCUGCAACAAUUUUUCAUCUUCAACAGCUUGUUGGCAUGAAAUGCCAGUUGCUUCCUUCAGUCGUUGCAGCACUCUCAGUUUUGCUCCUCAGGGAUGGGUCAUAUGCUGCUGAAGGUGAUUUGUCAGGCCAUGCCACCUGUAUUAACCUGCGAAAUUCUGUGUCAUCUCUCUGGUCAAAGAUAUACUGUCCUCCUGAAGUUAAUCCUUCCUGGAGAUGGUCAUUCUACCAGCCAUGGGCAGAUCAUGCAACAGAACGCACUGAUUUGGAGAAAAUCGAUGAAAGCCAUGCAUGUCAAAAACUCCUGGUCAUAAUUUCAGGAGUUCUGAGGAAGAAUGCAUCAGAUAAUGAGUUGUUAUCCCUUCAAGAAUUAGAAUCUUCAGGAUUAUUUGAACGGGAGAGAACUAACCUUCAAAAAGGAUAACACCUCUACCGGAUAUCAGAUUGUAUAUAUUUUUUGUAGCUUGCUAGUAGUAGCUUUAGCUAAAUCAUGCUUGUAUUCAUUCCAUAUUAAUUGAAAGAAGGUAUGUCGUCUAAUGGCGAAAUAUGUACUCUGAAUAAAACACUCUUUGCUUGAUGUGUAUCUUUGAAAAUCCCCUCUUUGGUAUAGUAAAAACAUGAUAUUCUCAUGUCAGAUUGUUUUGAGUUUGUAUUUUACGACUUUGUAACUCUUUAAGGAUUUCUUUAUCCCGAUACAAUUUUAUCAUA